CGCUCGUAGAUGCUUUUGCAUGGUCCUAUCAUUAACCCUCCCAUCGUCACUGCUGAAAUAACUCCACAAUGGUUGGUAUCCUGUCACCAAGUUCCCCUUUAUUUACACAUGCAUAGUACAUGACAAUGACUCAGCUAGUACAGAGCAGGCCCACGCAGUGAGCAGAAUCCCUGACCCUUCUGUUUAUAUGUCAGCCAGGGCUUCCUGAUUGGGGCUGUUAACCUAGUCCUAUCAGGGAACUCCUAGUUUAGGAGAUCCGCCUGGCUGAUCUUGUUGGAAUCACUACAGCUUCACCUCCAUCUAACUGAGUUGAUGUGAAACUCUCUCCGACCUUGCUCAGUGAUGGUCAUAAUAGUCGCUACUCAUUACUUUCAUCUUGCCUUCUCUCAAUGCUUCUCUUUCAGGAAAUCCUCCGAGCCGGUGAUACCAAUCACGACGGUCAACUCGACCUGGCAGAGUUCAUCGAGUAUCUGCGGCAACAUGAGAAAAAACUCAAGCUGAUGUUUAAGAGCCUGGACCAGAACAAUGAUGGUCAGAUCGAUGCCUAUGAAGUUCAGCACACACUCUCAACCCUUGGAAUCACGAUCACACUGAAACAAGCAGAGAGGAUCUUGCAAAGCAUGGAUAAAGACGGGACAAUCACUGUCGACUGGAAUGAAUUUCGAGACCAUUUCAUCUUCAAUCCAUUAACCAACAUGGAGCAGAUUGUUGAACAUUGGAAACAUUCAACGUUCAUGGACAUUGGGGAGUCCCUGACUAUUGUGGAUGAGUUCUCAGAGAGCGAGAGGAAGACUGGCUCGUGGUGGAGGCAGCUCCUGGCAGGAGCUAUGGCAGGUGCAGUGUCACGCACCUGCACUGCUCCCCUGGACCGACUUAAAAUCUACAUGCAGGUCUUUGCAGCCAAGCAGAAGUUAAACAUGCCUGGCGUGUGGAUGAUGAUGGUGAGAGAAGGAGGUUUCUCAUCUCUGUGGCGAGGGAAUGGAGUUAAUGUCCUGAAAAUCACCCCAGAGACAGGCAUCAAGUUUAUGGCUUACGAGCAGUAUAAAAAGUUAUUUACGACCUCACACUCCACACUCGAGGUGCACGAACGCUUUGUGGCAGGUUCACUUGCUGGUGUCACCAGCCAGACUCUGAUCUAUCCGAUGGAGGUGCUGAAGACCAGGAUGGGUCUUGGAAAGAGUGGCCAAUAUAUGGGAAUCUUUCACUGUGCCCAGAAGAUGCUCAGGACAGAAGGCCCACGUGCAUUUUUCAAAGGAUACAUCCCAAAUGUUAUUGGAAUCAUUCCUUAUGCCGGGAUUGAUCUUGCUGUCUAUGAGACCGUGAAGAACAAAUACUUACAAACCUACGGCCAUUCCAGUACUGAUCCUGGAGUCUUUGUGCUGCUUGCCUGUGGCACCAUCUCCAGUACUUGUGGUCAACUCGCAAGCUACCCACUGGCACUCGUACGGACUAGGAUGCAAGCACAAGCUGUCAUCAAAAAUGAGCCCCAGCUCACCAUGAUCCAGCAGUUUACCCGGAUAGUGCAAGGUGAAGGCUGGUCUGGCCUGUACCGAGGAAUUACCCCCAACUUCAUGAAGGUGAUCCCUGCUGUGAGCAUCAGCUACGUUGUCUAUGAAUAUAUGAAAUUCUUCCUGGGUGUCACCUCGAAGUAAUGGGGUACCAAGACCCUUGGCUGAUGGACAAUUCUUCUCUAUUUUGUUCCUGUGUUCUCUCUAAGCAAAAAGAACUCCAGAAAAUUACCGCAUGCUAGCCAAACUGAAGAUGAAUGUCCUCUCUGAACUCAACAGUUACCUCCAGUCUUAAAUCCUCCUUUUUAUUUGAUUGUGCAAUUUUCCAAUCACCAAAACCUCACUGUAUUGUUCUCAGGGCAGCUUUCCUUUGCAUUGCUGCCUUCGAUCAAGUCAGGGAAAUG